CAUCCAUUUAACACGUGCAAGUAGAGUGCAUAGUUAGUUAUUCGCGGACGGCGGGGACUCAAACUGCUCAGAAGUGAGUAAAGGAAGCACAGGGAAAUUUUGGGGCGAUUUCGUUUGAGCAACUUGUAUCGCUGCUGUGAUAAAUGCCAGCUAGCCCUUGCCAGGUGUAAUGUAAGGUUUCGGGAAUGUGUUGUUAAGGUCUGUGUGUGAGUUCAGCUCUGGUCAUCAUUACGCACGGGAGGAAUCUCGCUCCAGCAGCGACAAGACAACGUUGAGAACAGGUACUUUGCGAAGACGGUUGAGGAACAGUAGCAGAAGAGAGAAGAAAACCUCCACUCUCUCAUCAUGAAGACUGGAGGAGCAAAUCCUGAUCCUUGGGAGAGGAGCCAGGGCAAGAGGCUGUCCAGGAGCUCCGCUGGAAGUCAGGAGAGGAUUAGGCUGUCUCUAGCCCACCCAGGGCUGCUGCUUCUGGGGAUAGUACUGCUGGUCGUCCUGCCCUCUGGAGAAAGUGUCAAACAGAAUGUACCCAGAGUCAAACUCAGCUACAAAGUGCUGAUCCAGGGUGGUAGUGUAUCAGUGUUCCUGAGUCCUACUGACGGUCUCCAUUCCCACUCUGUGUUGUUGGAUGAGGAGAGAGGCAGGCUGCUGCUGGGAGCCAAAGACUCAGUCUACCUACUGGACCCUGACAACCUCAGCAGAGCCCCCAGGAAGAUCAGCUGGCCAUCCUCCAGAGACACAGUGGAGAUGUGUAAACUGGCAGGCAAGAAUGCUCAAUUGGAGUGUGCCAACUUUGUGCGUGUGCUCCAUAACUUUAACCAUACCCAUUUGUAUGCCUGUGGGACAGGAGCCUUCCACCCGAUAUGUGCCUUCAUUGAGAUCUCAGGACGCAGAGUGGAGGGUGUGUUCAAGUUGUUGUCUGGUACAGUGGAGUCCGGGAGGUUGAAAUGCCCUUACGACCCCUGGCAACCUUUCACGUCUGUCCUCACAGACCAGUUCAUGUAUGCUGGCACGGCAUCAGACUUCCUUGGUAAAGACACAACGUUCACCCGCUCCUUGGGCCCACCCCCCGACCAGCACUACAUACGUACUGACAUCUCAGAGGACUACUGGAUCAACGAGGCCAGGUUUGUAUCAGCCCAUCCUGUGUCAGACACCUACAACCCAGACGAUGACAAGAUCUACUUCUUCUUCCGCGAGUCAUCACGUGACGGCAACGAUAAGAGUGUCCUGUCCCGCGUGGCACGCGUCUGCAAGAAUGACGUGGGAGGGUUGAGGAGUCUGACCAAUAAGUGGACAACGUUCCUCAAAGCCAGACUGGUGUGUUCCAUCCCUGGACCUGACGGAGUGGACACGCACUUUGACGAGCUCCAGGACAUAUUCCUGCUCCCCACCAGAGAUGAGAAGAACCCUGUUGUGUAUGGAGUCUUCACCACCUCCAGCUCUGUGUUUCGUGGCUCGGCGGUGUGUGUGUAUAGCAUGGCUGACAUACGAGCUGUGUUCAACGGACCCUACGCUCACAAGGAAGGACCUGACCAUCGCUGGGUAGAAUACGAGGGGAGAAUACCUUACCCUCGCCCUGGAACGUGUCCCAGUAAGACGUAUGAUCCCAGGAUAAGGACCACUAAAGACUUCUCAGAUGAGGUGGUCAGUUUCAUCCGCUUCCACCCCCUCAUGUUCCGCUCCGUCUACCCCCUGACCAGCCGACCCGUGUUCACGCGUGUACGUGUCGACUACACACUGACGCAGAUAGUGGUGGACCGCGUCAUGGCUGAGGACGGACAGUAUGAAGUCAUGUUUCUGGGGACAGAUGCUGGGUCAGUUCUAAAGGUGGUGAGCAUUACUCAGGAGAACUGGUCUACUGAGGAGGUGAUUCUGGAGGAGCUCUCAGUGUUCCAGGCUCCCACUCCCAUCCUGAGUAUGGAGAUCUCUUCUAAACAGCAACAGCUGUAUGUGGGUUCGGGGGCUGGGCUAGCCCAGGUGUCCCUGAGCAGGUGUCACCUGUAUGGUCAGGUGUGUGCAGAGUGUUGCCUUGCCAGAGAUCCUUACUGCGCCUGGGACGGACACACCUGCUCACAAUACGUCCCAGCAUCCAAGAGGAGAGCCAGAAGACAAGACAUCAAACAUGGAGACCCAUCCAGCCAGUGUUGGGACACAGAGGACACUCUGCAUGGAGGCAGGGUGGAGGAGAGGACAAUGUUUGGGGUGGAGAAUAACUCCACCUUCCUGGAGUGUCUCCCCAAAUCACAACAGACCACCACACGCUGGUUCAUACAUAGACCUGGAGCUGAACACAGAGAGGAGGUGAGGCCAGAUGACAGAGUGGUCCAUACAGGCCAAGGUCUCCUCAUUCGCUCUCUCCAUCCUGCCGAUGCUGGCAUGUACGUGUGUAUGGCACAGGAGCACACACACUUCACACACACUCUGCUCCGCCUCACGCUGCGCCUCAUUUCGUACGGGCAUCUUGACGGGCGGCCAAAGCCCAGCAAGGUCCCCAGUGUUGAGGUUCGCCCCGGGGCAGAGUCUCGUCAGCGCUAUAAGGACUACCUGCGUGUGAUGAGUUCUCCCAUUGGCUCGCUGGAGGAGUACUGUGAUUCGCUUUGGCUGGAGAAGAGGCCGGCCAAUAGGAGAGGUGGAAGAGGGCAGGGGGUGGGGAAAUGGAAACACAUCCAGGAGCUGAAGAAAAGCAGGAACAGACGACACCACGGAGAGAGGAAUGGAGAGAUGGAUAAAGAGAUGGAUGGAGAGAGGAAUGGAGAGAGGGAUAAAGAGAUGGAUGGAGAGAGGGAUAAAGAGAUGGAUGGAGAGAGGGAUAAAGAGAUGGAUGGAGAGAGGGUAGUGAGGCGGAGGAGAGGAUGAGCUGGUGAGGAUACCAAAAAGGAGGAGUGAGAACAGCAGUCACAAAAAGUGUCAUUAGGGGAACCCAUCAAUGUUUAUAGUGGGUAAGAUGAUCAAACAAGUAGUUAGACUUGAGGGAAAGUUAUAGGGACCACAAUACAAUCUUAGAAAAAAAAUAUUCCAAUAGGGUUCUUUGGCAGUCCCCAUAGGAGAGCCCUUUCUGGUUCCAGCUAGAACCUUUUUGGGUUCCAUGUAGGAGCCUCUGUAGAAAGAGUUGUACCUUGAACCAAAAUGGUUCUACUUGAAACCAGAAAGGGUUCAAUGAGGGUGUAGACUGCUGUCACAGGUAUGAUCGUAUUUUAUACCAGUCAAACACUCAUAGGACUUACAUAGGUCUGGCUUUUCAAACUACACUACCCAUGAUCCCUCUGGCUGUGCCCAGGUUUGUAUCUCAAUAUUGUCUCAGUGCUUUUACUGUUUUAUGGUUGUGGCUAGAAGGGGUGCAGCUAAUGUCAAAUGUGAUUUCAAACUCCCGUGAGAGUUUGGAAUUUGUCCAUUUUUCAUAAACAGCAUUUUUUAAAUUGUUCCAAACAUCAGAUUUCGAAGUGUUUAACGUUAAGAUCAGGCAUUAACUCCAAAUUCUCAAGGUUAGUCAUUAACUUCGAAUGGUUAAGGUUAGGGUAAGCUUAGGGUAAGGUUAAGGGUAACGGUUAAGUUUUUUGGAUAGGCUUGAAACAAAAAUUAAUUUCUAUUGCUAGAUUUGAACUUUCAAUCUGAGGCAGAUGCUUAUCCACCAUUCCCGUCCACAACACCCUAGCAAAAGCAGUGUCCCCGUUGUCCCUAGUGGCCAGUUUCCACGUCAUGUCCCGUCGUCCUCAGACAUGGAUGGACGUUGAAUAUUGACUAGUAUCAUGGGUGACCUGGCUAAGCCAGUAUGGUCUGAGUUCACAACAAGUGUGUGAUGUCACUGAACUUCGCUGCAUCCCUUCUAGCCAUGACCCUAUUUGAUCCUAUUGAGAUGUGGCCCAUAGGUCAGUAGUGUGUGUGUUAAUCAGAUGCAUUCAUGUUGAAUGACUGUAAAUACUUCUAUAACAUGUACAGGAGAAACUGCAUGCUCUAGAUAAGCUUAGCUAUGACCUAUUCUACUGCUACUAUAAUAAUCAUGUAUUAUGUCUGGAAUGAACAAAGAAUCAUAUUUUUGUACAAAGUGAAUGUUUCUGUUUUUGUAGGUGUAUUUUGGUAUUGUCUAAAAGUUAUUUAAAUAAACUCUUGCCUUAUGA